CAGCAGAGCAGCGAUCGUGCUCUCUUGAAGCGUUUCACUUCCCUUUUUUUCCUGACUGAGCUGCUGCUGUCACUGUGAAGCAGGACAGCUCUUCACCUCCGCUCUCCGUCAGAAUAUUCCUCCACCGCAAGACGAGCGACUGCUUUGCCUGCAAAUGGCCCCCCAGUGGCUGAGCUGCAGUACUGCAGUGCUUCUACUGCUGGUUCACGUCGGCCCGGUUGUCUCGCAGUCCUGUGGAAUCCCGGGGAUCCCUGGGAUACCAGGCAGCCAUGGGCGCAACGGGCAAGAUGGUCUCAGGGGACAAAAGGGAGACCCAGGUGAGGCAGGUCAACCUGUCAAGGGCGAGAAGGGGGAGCCAGGUGUUUGGGGCCCCCCAGGACGGCCUGGGCUGAAGGGUGACGUGGGCCUCCCGGGGCCUCCCGGUAGACCAGGCAGGCCAGGGGAGAAGGGACGGCCCUACAACCCUACCAACCAGCAGAGAUCCUACUUCUCCUACAAACGGAUGUUAUCUCAGGUACCAGAGGUCGACACUGCCAUCGUCUUCAACAGAGAGAUUCUGCCGGACCUGGAUCAACAGUUUCGCUUGUCAGAGCCGUUGACGAAUGGAUCGUUCACGUGUGCCGUCAAAGGCGUCUAUUUCUUCAGUUACCACAUGUCAGUGAAGAGCAGAGUGUGUCUGAAGCUGGUGAAGGGCAGCGACAGUCUCAUGACACUGUGUGACACAUCUGAAGGUUUCCUGGUCACGUCCGGCUCGGCGGUCCUGGAGCUGCAGGUCGGAGACACCGUCUCCCUGGAGGCAACCAGGUACAACAACAUCGUGACGAGCCAGAGCAGCACCAGCCACACCUUCACCGGCUUCCUGAUCUUCCCCACCGCCUGAAGCCUCUCAUCCACAAAAUCAGCCUUCAUAACAUUACAGACUCUUUGGGGACCUUUACAGCAACUAAAUGAAAUGUGUGUUUUCUGUAAUAGUACAAAGGUCAGCAGAAUCAAUAAAGAUUGACUCUAAUCUGCUGCCUUAGUUUAAGUGCAUUUUAAAUGUACAAUGUGAAAUCAAAAUAUAAACAAAUGUUGACAGCCAAAUAACACUGAAACCUGCUGUCCACAGUUUUUAUCCAGUGUAACAGGCUGAUUAAAAACUAAAGCUACAUUA